UGUAUGUGCGUUGGUUCCUCUUUGCUUUUAUCUGGUAUAUGAAAGCGACUUAAUCUCUCUCAGACCGAGAUUCCGCCUUAAUUGCCUUCUUCUUCUUCUUCUUCUUCUCUCCGACUCCGUCUUCUGGUUCCGUUCAACAUCGCGUAUUUUUCUCCGACGAGCUUGUUCAUAUGUGAUCGACUGUUGAAAGAUGUUUGAUUGUGGUCACAAGUCAGAAUACAUGGGUGGCCAGCGGGAAAAUUUUUCGAGGUUGGAUACCUUGGACUCUACACUAUCUUCAUCUUCUGAUGCUGGAGUUAUAAAAUCUGGAUUCAGUAUUGAUAAAUUAAGUCAUGGUGGUCAUGGAAGCAGCACAACUUCUAGGUCUUUUAAAAGGGGAAUGAGAAGGGGAUCGGAAGGACUGAAGUCAAUUGGGCGAUCGCUUGGGUUGGGAGUAUCUAGGGCAGUGUUCCCAGAAGAUCUUAAAGUGUCAGAAAAGAAGAUAUUUGAUCCUCAAGACAAAUUUCUGCUUUUAUGGAAUAAACUCUUUGUUAUCUCAUGCAUUUUGGCUGUGUCUGUGGAUCCACUGUUUUUUUAUCUCCCAGUCAUUAACGAUUCAGUUCACUGUCUUGGCAUAGACCGAAAGUUGGCAACAACAGUUACUACCUUAAGAACUGUGAUUGAUGUUUUCUAUCUCAUACACAUGGCUCUCCAAUUUCGUACCGCUUAUAUUGCUCCAUCUUCUCGUGUCUUUGGGCGGGGUGAGCUUGUGAUAGAUUCAGCACAGAUAGCCAAGCGUUACUUGCGGCGUUAUUUCAUCAUUGAUUUCCUAUCUGUGUUGCCGAUACCACAGAUUGUGGUUUGGAGAUUUCUUCAGAGGUCAAAAGGUUCAGAUGUACUAGCAACAAAGCAGGCCUUGUUGUUCAUUAUCUUGCUUCAGUAUGUUCCUAGAUUUCUCCGAAUGGUACCAUUGACUUCAGAGCUUAAGAGAACAGCUGGUGUCUUUGCUGAAACCGCAUGGGCAGGUGCUGCAUAUUAUUUGCUGCUAUACAUGCUUGCCAGUCAUAUAGUUGGUGCUUUUUGGUACUUGUUAGCUAUUGAACGCAAUGACUCAUGCUGGCAGAAAGCUUGUAGUGACAAUGGGUUCAAUAAAAAUUUCCUAUAUUGUGGGAACCAGCACAUGGUAGGUUAUAGUGACUGGCAAAAUAGGAGUGAAGCUAUUCUUAAUUCAAGUUGCUCUGCAGAUGGUGAUCAUCCACCUUUUGAUUAUGGAAUUUUCGAGCAAGUCUUGUCAUCUGGCAUCAUUUCAUCUAAGAAGUUCAUCUCCAAAUACUGUUACUGUUUAUGGUGGGGGCUCCAGAAUUUGAGUACACUUGGCCAGGGGCUUCAAACUAGCACCUAUCCUGGGGAGGUUAUCUUUUCAAUAGCACUAGCUAUAUUUGGCCUCAUCCUCUUUGCGCUUCUAAUUGGCAACAUGCAGACAUAUCUUCAGUCUCUCACCAUCAGGCUUGAGGAAAUGAGAGUCAAAAGGCGUGAUUCAGAACAGUGGAUGCAUCAUCGCUUACUCCCGCAAGAGCUUAGAGAGCGUGUGAGACGGUAUGACCAAUAUAAGUGGUUGGCAACGCGUGGUGUAGAUGAAGAAAAUUUAGUUCAGAGUCUACCAAAGGAUCUUCGAAGGGAUAUUAAGCGACAUCUCUGUUUGGCCUUAGUGAGGAGGGUUCCACUAUUUGAGAGUAUGGAUGAGAGAUUGCUUGAUGCAAUAUGUGAGAGACUGAAACCAUGUUUAUUUACGGAGAAUACUUACAUUGUUCGGGAAGGAGAUCCUGUUGAUGAGAUGCUUUUCAUCAUACGUGGUCGCCUUGAGAGUGUUACCACGGAUGGUGGGCGGAGUGGAUUUUUUAACCGCAGUUUUCUAAAGGAGGCUGACUUCUGUGGGGAGGAGCUUUUAACCUGGGCCCUGGAUCCCAAAUCUGGUUCUAACCUCCCAUCUUCUACUAGAACAGUUAAGGCAUUAAUGGAGGUUGAGGCUUUUGCCUUAACUGCUGAUGAGUUAAAAUUUGUUGCCAGUCAGUUUAGGCGCCUUCACAGUAGACAGGUUCAACACACUUUCCGUUUUUACUCCCAACAAUGGAGGACCUGGGCUGCAUGCUUUAUUCAAGCAGCAUGGCGUCGGUAUUCUAAAAAGAAAAUUAUGAAGCUUCGUCAAAAGGAAGAAGAUGAGUCAGAGGGAGCUCAUGAAAAUGUUGGUGGCAGUUCCUACAGCUUUGGUGCUGCCUUGUUAGCCUCAAAGUUUGCGGCACACACUCUUCGUGGUGUACAUCGCAAUCGCCUUGCUAAGACUGCCAGGGAGUUAGUGAAACUACAGAAACCCCCUGAGCCUGACUUCUCUGCAGAUGAUGCAGACUAAAAUUUUCAUGUGUAACUACUCUCUUAAAAUGCUUGUUUUCAUUGACUAUUGUGAUUGAAUUUGUGAUGAAAGUUCAAAAGCAAUGUAUUAUACAAUUAUCCUGGUUACAGUUGCAAGGGUUUCAAGACUUGUAAUGACUCUUCAUCUGUUAACCUUGUAAAUUAUAGUAUAUUGUAAUAUUAUACAUUGAGCCAACUGGCUGUCAUUAGGCCUUCCACCGAGCAUGUAACUGAUGUACUGUUCUCAAGUUUAUUAUUGAAGUUACUGGUUGGCAGAAUCAAGGUCUGUCUGUCUUAUUUGAGAUCCUCAUGUAAUGUAAGAGACUUUUAAAUUUAAUAUGAUUGUGGUUUACCACUGGAAUCA